AUGCUUUUCUCGCCUCUCCUCGUCUUUCAACCCGCGGCCCUGCUGCUGCCAUUAGCGCAGUUCACAGCCGCAAGCCCCAUAGCAGCAGCCGCGGCCGCGGACCCGCGCGCGCAGUGCAGCGCGCUGCAGCAGCAGAGCGGCGGCGUGCUUGCCGAGUUCGACGCCGUGGUCGACGGCACGCAGUACGUCGAGGUGGGCGAGCUGGACGUGGGGCCCAACGCUUCGCCGUUUUGCCGCGUGUGGGCGCGCCGCUCGUACGCGCUGAACGACUCGCUGCAGUUUGAGGUCUGGCUGCCGGACCAGGGGGUGUGGGACGGGCGGUUCGUGGCUGUAGGCAACGGCGGCAUGGCAGGCACAAUCGACCACUCAGCGCUGCUACGCUACCUGCCGACACACUCCGCCCUCGCAGGGAGCAACGGCGGCCACCUUGCCCAAGACAACAACAACGGCACCGGCGCGCCCUCAACCUACCUCCCCUACCUGCACUCUUCCGCCCAGCUCUCGGCCUGGAUCCACGACAGCGUCGCGCUGUUCACGCCGCCCGCGCGCGCCCUCGCCACCGCCCUCUACGCCGCCACGCCUCCGCACCACAGCUACUUCGUCGGGUGCUCGACGGGCGGCGCGCAGGGCUUUGCGCUGGCGCAGCGCUGGCCCGCCUUGUUCGACGGCAUCUAUGCUGGCUGCCCGGGGUUUGCGUAUGCGAGGCUGGCGCUCAGCUUUUUGUGGAAUGCGCAGCGUACGCGUGGAGAUGGCUAUUUGUCGCCUGAGACUGCGACGUGGGUGCGCGAUAACGCGGUCCGGAAAUGCGAUGGCUUGGAUGGGCUGGUCGAUGGCGUUGUUGAGAACCCCUUGGCGUGUAAGUUUGAUGUCGCGGCUUUGGGCUGCGAUCGUGCCAAGGGUGCUGAGCGCUGCCUUACGCCGGCGCAGGUCGCUGCUGCGCAAGCUAUUUAUGCUGGGCCUUCUGUGCAGGGCUCUACUAACACCACCUCUUCUUCUUCCUCUUCUCCCUCCUCUUCUCCCUCCUCCUCCUCCUCCUCCUCCACGCAAAUCUACCCCGGCUUCGCGCCAGGUUCCGAAGCCGAAUGGCCAAGCGGGCAAGAAGGCUCACUAGCAAACGAGUUCGCGCUGCCGCUGUUGCAGAACCUCGUCUACGACGACCUGAGCUACGACGCACUGAACGGGUUCGGCUGGAGCGCGGCCGAGAUCGCAGACGUGGAUGUGCGCGCCGGCGCGUGGAUUAGUGAGGAGAGUGUUAACUUGGAAGAGUUUUCGGCGCGCGGGGGGAAGAUGCUGGUGUCGCAGGGCUGGGCAGACCCGUACAACGCGCCCACGGCGCCGCUGCUCUACCUCUCCCGCCUCGCAGCCGCGCUCCCUCACCUCAGCAUCUCGGACUUUUUUGCCGUCUUCAUGGUGCCUGGCGGCGGCCACUGCAACCCGGCCCCCAGCUACCCCACCCUACCAGCGCAGCACGCGGUGCUCCCGGCGCUGGAAGCCUGGGUCGAGCACGGCGUGGCGCCCGAAUACGUCGUUAGUAGUACGGAUGAGGGCGUGCUUACUGGGGGCGAAGACGCCGGAGGGGACGAAGACGCCGGAGGGGACGAAGUCACCGGAGGCAGGACUGUCGGAGGGGGAGGAAAUGGAGGGGGAAAUGGAGGGGGAAAUGCAACAGGAGUUAGGAGCCGCAAGCUCUGCCCGUGGCCGAAGCAGGGCGUUGUUGUUCCUGGUGGGGAUUUGACGAGGUGGUGGGAUUGGCGGUGUGUUUGA